AUGUCUGGACGUGGUAAAGGAGGGAAGGGUUUAGGGAAAGGGGGUGCUAAGCGCCACAGGAAAGUGCUGCGCGACAACAUCCAGGGCAUAACAAAGCCUGCGAUCAGACGCCUGGCCCGCCGUGGGGGGGUCAAGCGCAUUUCAGGCCUCAUCUAUGAGGAGACCCGUGGGGUGCUCAAGGUGUUCCUGGAGAACGUGAUCCGAGAUGCUGUCACCUACACCGAGCACGCCAAGCGCAAGACGGUCACAGCUAUGGACGUGGUUUAUGCGCUUAAACGGCAGGGCCGCACCCUGUAUGGUUUCGGCGGCUAA